GUCGCAACGCGGCCCUGCUGACCCGCCCGGGGCUCUCGGCGAGUGCGGCGGUAACAAGUGGGCGAGGAUGCCUUACGAGAUCAAGAAAGUGUUCGCCAGCCUCCCCCAGGUGGAGAGGGGUGUUUCCAAAAUCAUCGGCGGCGACCCUAAGGGCAACAAUUUUCUUUACACCAACGGAAAGUGCGUCAUCCUCAGAAACAUCGACAACCCUGCCAUUGCUGACAUCUACACGGAGCAUGCCCAUCAGGUGGUGGUGGCCAAGUACGCGCCCAGCGGAUUCUACAUCGCCUCCGGAGAUGUGUCUGGGAAGCUGAGGAUCUGGGACACCACGCAGAAGGAGCACCUGCUAAAGUACGAGUACCAGCCCUUCGCCGGCAAGAUCAGGGACAUCGCAUGGACCGAAGACAGCAAGCGGAUCGCCGUGGUCGGGGAAGGAAGGGAGAAGUUUGGCGCCGUCUUCCUGUGGGACAGCGGCUCUUCCGUGGGUGAGAUUACAGGACACAACAAAGUCAUCAAUAGCGUGGACAUCAAACAGACCAGGCCAUACCGGUUGGUCACAGGCAGUGAUGAUAACUGUGCCGCGUUCUUCGAGGGGCCGCCCUUCAAGUUCAAGUUCACCAUUGGGGACCACGGCCGCUUUGUCAACUGUGUGAGGUUCUCUCCCGACGGGAACAGAUUUGCCACUGCCAGCGCUGAUGGCCAGAUCUACAUCUACGACGGGAAGACGGGAGAGAAGGUGUGCGCCCUGGGAGGAAGCAAGGCUCACGACGGUGGAAUUUAUGCUAUUAGCUGGAGUCCCGAUAGCACCCACUUGCUUUCUGCCUCCGGAGACAAGACCUCUAAGAUCUGGGACGUCACCGUGAAUUCCGUCGUUAGCACAUUUCCCAUGGGCUCCAACGUUCUGGACCAGCAGCUCGGCUGCUUGUGGCAGAAGGACCACCUGCUCAGCGUCUCGCUCUCCGGCUACAUCAACUACCUGGACAGGAACAACCCCAGCAAGCCCCUGCGUGUCAUCAAGGGGCACAGUAAGUCUAUCCAGUGUCUAACGGUGCACAAAAAUGGUGGCAAGGCCUACAUCUACUCCGGGAGCCACGACGGGCACAUCAAUUACUGGGAUUCUGAGACUGGGGAGAAUGACUCCUUCACUGGGAAAGGCCACACGAACCAGGUGUCCAGGAUGACGGUGGACGAGGCAGGGCAGCUUGUCAGCUGCAGCAUGGAUGACACCGUGCGGUACACCAACCUCACGCUACGGGACUACAGCGGACAAGGAGUGGUGAAGCUGGAUGUUCAACCAAAGUGCGUGGCUGUCGGCCCGGGGGGCUACACUGUGGUCGUGUGCAUCGGGCAGAUCGUUCUGCUCAAGGACCAGAAGAAGUGCUUCAGCAUCAACCCCGACUAUGAGCCUGAGGUGGUGGCCGUGCACCCCGGGGGUGACACGGUGGCUGUUGGCGGUGCGGACGGGAGCGUCCGCCUCUACUCCAUCCUGGGCUCCACGCUGAAGAACGAGGACAAGCUCCUGGAGGCCAAGGGCCCCGUGACAGACCUGGCCUACUCCUCGGACGGUGCCUUCCUCGCCGUGUGUGACGCCAGCAAAGUGGUCACGGUCUUCAGUGUGGCCGAUGGCUACUCGGAGAACAACGUUUUUUACGGACAUCAUGCAAAGAUUGUCUGCCUGGCCUGGUCCCCGGAUAAUGAGCACUUUGCUUCCGGCGGCAUGGACAUGAUGGUGUAUGUCUGGACCCUAAGCGACCCUGAGACCAGAGUCAAGAUCCAAGACGCACACCGGCUGCACCAUGUCAGCAGCCUGGCCUGGCUGGACGAGCACACACUGGUCACAACCUCCCACGACGCCUCCGUCAAAGAGUGGACAAUCACCUACUGAGGCCCGCCCCCGGAGGCCCGCCCCCGGACCGACCUAAUCAGGGACUAGACCUUCACUGCAGCAGAACGUGUUUUUUUCCCCCAAUGUUUCUGUGACGCGCCCGCCCCGCCUCCGGGAGGAGGGCCGGCAGGAAUGGCACUCCUCGCCUCUACAGGGUGUCCCUCUCUGUACUUGUCCUUCUGAAAGCUUUAGACAGUGACGGUUUGCACAUGAAAAUAAAACGAGCACUUAAAC